UAGAAGUUAGGUUGACAAAAAAUGGUAAGCAGCAGAAGGUUACGAGUUAAACAAAAAUUGGAUUAUUUGAUCAUCUGACUGGAUUUACACAUCGGAGCGAAGGUACACUCCGAGUGUUGAAACAGCGGGAGGAUCGAAGGCGGUUUAGGAGUCCACCCUCUUCUGUUUUUGAUGCUCGCGAAGGGAGAGCGAGGUAGAGUGAGUGAGCGAGCGAGCAAGUGAGGGAGAGAGAUAGAGCGAGAGGGAGAGAGAGAGAGGUCGUCGGGCUGGCGAUGCUGGUGACGGUGAGAGCUGCAGCGGCGUGUUGCUAACUUACCGAGUUAAAGAAAUCACAAGUUGGACACACACUCAGGCGUACACGGGAGGAGAAGGGGCUGUUUUGCUAGCUGGCUAAGUAACGUAUCCACACAGGAGCGCACGGCUGAUGUAACUGAAGCUGACAGAGAAACCGACAGCCAGCAGCACGAGUCUCUGUUUUUAGCUGUUGGUGUUUUCAGCGUUGCUUCGUCGAGUGGAGUAACCAGAAGUGAUAGAGAGCAGGAACGCAAGCCACUAUUAAUAAAGUAAUGUUCUAUUCAUAAUAUCGCUCCUCUCCAGUCGCGUUAGACGCGUGUUCAACCGUAUGUCGCAGAAGGGUGUAGAAGAGCCUCGGUUAAACUCUACAACUUUAAUCACAAUUUAUCUUCCAUCAGAAUGUGUUUUCGUGCUGUAGUUCAGUUCGGUGGACUUUGAGAGGAUUGGAGCGAAUGUCCACUUGAAGUGUCUUGCUGCUGCUACCACCACUUCUACUAAUACUACUGCUACUGCUAUUACUACAGCUUUGACUCUUGCUACGAUGCUACAAUGGGAUUGUGUUGAGCAUCGUGACCCCCAGAGCAGAUGGAAAUGCAUUGGAAGUGUGCCUGCCUGCCCAAAGCUGUUGAUUAGCUCAAACAAAGUAACGAAGAGCUCGGCCUCUGGUUAAAGCCUGCAUGCAGAUCGCUGCUUGACGCGCUGUAUUUUGAGCCGUAUUAUUACAGCCAGUGUUGUACUGCUGCACUUUUAGACCCCUAACUGGACUUUCCGUGCCGUCUCCAGUGUCCAAGAAUGCACGGAUAAUAAUAAAAAGAAAAAAGUUUGUGAGACAGGUUUUGAAGCAUCCCCAGUUUACCUUCUGGUCUUGCCGAUGUAGUCUCCCCUAUACGCUUUGUGAAAACACAUACAAAGUUACGCUUUAAGAAAGGGUGAAAUAAGGAAGCCGGUGGAAAAAAUGGCCGGUGAAUGCACAUAUAACCCGCAAUGUACCGGCGAUGACACUUUCUGUAAUGCCAGACACACCGCGGGUUACCUCAAUGGCGUCAGCACCGCCAAAAGCUGCUCUUCUUCCUCAUCAUCUCCUUCCUCAUCCUCUUCGCCCUUCUUCGAGACCAUCGGCGGCGCCUUGUAUCGUAAAAAGUUGGAGAAGGGCUGCGUGCAGUAUCGCGAGGUGCUGGCAGAGGACAAGAGGCUCAAGUCCAUAGAAGCCUUUCACUACUCCAGAACGCCUGGGAAGUCGCACCACACCCUGGAGGACACGUACAGAUUGGUAGCUGAGCACUACUGGUGGGAAGGAAUGUAUUUUCAGGUCAGAAACUUUGUUCUGGGCUGUGAGGAAUGCCAUAUAAGGCAGACCGAAAGAGCAGAGUGCUCAGAAGAGAGGAACAUUUCAAGAGUGGUGAAAUUGCAUAGCCAUGAGGUUUUGAGCAAGCUCAACAACCAACGAGAGGCAGGGCUGUUUUGUGACAUCACACUGAAGACGGGCAACGGCCAUUCGUUUGUUGCCCAUAAGGCAGUCUUGGCGGCUGUAAGCGAGUAUUUCCAGGAGUUAUUUACUGAAAUGGACGCCACUGACCCUCAGCCUCAUGUCGACCUCACAGGUUUCAGUGAGAAGAGCUUACUUGCUUUGCUUGAAUUCUCCUAUACUUCCACACUGACUCUGCCUUUGGGCUCUCUGACGGAAGUAGCUGCAAUGGCCCGCCACCUCCGCAUGUGGCAUGCCCUGGAAGCCUGUUCUGCCAUCCAGAGGGAGCAGGAGCCUGGCCAGCAAUGCUCCAAACUGAAUCCUGCAAACUCAGAAAUGCCUAUUCUUUCCUAUGGUAAUAGCUGGAAAGACCAGUGCUCUCCUUCAGGAAGGACAGCGGGAUUGAAGAGGAAGCGAGAGAAUGAACAAGGGGGAGUCUCAGGGUAUUCCUGGAAUAGCCCCAUGCAGAGCAGAGCACACACUGUGGAGGGGACUGAUGAAUCUGACAGAGAGGGUUGUGAUCGACCAUUGUCUACUCAGUACCAAAGCCAGGCUCUUUCUAGCCUACCAGCAAAAGAUGAAAGCUUUCCAUGCAGCCCAACACGUAGGAUGAAACUCAUGGACUUUAAAUCUCCAUCUAGUAAGAGGAAACUGUCCCAUCGCCCUUCACCGGUCAUCUCAACUUCUCCCUCCACUUCCACCCGAUCCUCAUCUCCAUCCCGCCGCCUGCUUCGCUCCUCCCCAGGAGCUGCGCUUGCCCUACGUAGACUCCUGCCCAAAAUCGAUCUCUCUUCCAAGAGAAAGAGAAAGUCUUCAUCUUACCAUCGGAUAUACAGAGCAAAGUCUGAUUUCUCCUUGCCACAGUCUCAGUCUCAGGUGGCCCCAGUAACACCUGUAAAGGUGAAGCAGGAGUCAGCGCAGGCCGAAGUGUGCAGUGCAGUCCCACAGGAUGAAGUUCACAGUCCUCGUGCUCAGGAGAAGUAUCGGCUUCUUAGUUUCCUUGGCUUACAGAGGAAGUCACUGGUGCCUGGCCCAGAGGAGCUGUCAGGGUGGGGCCAGAAGAAACGGCUCCGAAAAUUGAAAGUGAGUGAUUACUCACUAACGGCCAGGCGCAAACCCCGUGCACAAGGUCUUGGGGGCUAUGGAAGGGGUCUGGGUGAAUUUGUGGGCGUUAGCUCCUCCCUGUCCCUCUGUGACAUGACCAGAAUGGAUCUUCUGAAGGUGAUGAAAGUGGAGUCCCAAGAACCCCUUCUGGAGAAGAGGUCAAAAAGGAAGAGAGAUGCAGUUGGACAGAUUGAGCCUUUGAGUGUAAGGGCUACACGCAGCCAGUCAUUGUUGCAGACAGACUCCAGGGGAGCUCCUUGUGAUCGUCCAUUGAGAUCGUCCACUGCCCGUGGCCCAAGCAAACCACUAGCUCAGCCUGCAGCCAGAGAAAAGGUUGCAGUAAGAGGAGCCCAUACCACUCAAAAGAGAGGGACACUAAAGACCAAACAGGAGCCGGCUGCAUACGCUAUUUCGCAGCCUGCCCAUCGGGGGCAAACAGUGACUCUUCCCAGAGCCAAAAAAUCAGCCACAAAGGCUGGUCCACUAGUUGAUCGUCCAUUAAGAAUCACAACCACAUCGUCAAAGCGCAUUGUGCGAUACAAUCUUGGACGUACUACGACAGACAAACGCAAAGGUGCAAGACUCAACAAGUCUGUCAAAGAAAAGCCAAAACACAACUGUACCCAUGUAACAGCCAGGUUACAACCAGAGCGAAGUAAAGUGCGUAGAGGAGACCGGGUCCAUGAGAACAGAAAGAGCAUGACGCGAGGAAAGAGGAUAGAGGAAAAAGCUGAAGUUCUUCAGGGUGCCAGAUGCUGGGAUGCUUCCAGUGCCAAUCACCAGGACUACCACAACAAUCCUUUGUAUAAGGUCAUCAAAGAAGAGCCAGCAGAUCCUCUACCCCUCUCGCAGCCCUUCCCAACUACUGAUGUCUCUGAUCUGGGUAAACGUCAGAGCAAACCUCCUGUUAAACUAUUAGAUCAGGGCUUUCUCUUCGGGCUUUGCCGUCCACCAAGUGGACUUAAGAGGGAAGAGGACAGUGUGGACAUUUGCUUGACUCGCUCCUUCUCCCACAGCAAUGCUUCUCAUAGCAAUACAUCACCUGCCAUUGUCGGAAAAGAUCGGAUUAGAGCAAGGAUCAUGCCAGACAGGACUGGUCUAGAUGGCCCUCACUGGGCUGGACUUGGCAACAGGUCAACUCCCUUUUCUCAAAGGAUGCUUGUCCGAGUGAAGAAGGAAGAGAAAGAGGCAAGGGUGUCGCAGCGGUCAAAAACCAACAAAAGUUCCACGCAGCAUAAAGUGAGCAAAAGGAGCUGCAAGGUUAAAAGAGAACCACCGAAGACAAAGAAUGUGAACAAGUUGUAUCCAACGAGUAGCCGGCGAACUGUUAUGUUGGAGUCUAUCCGACGUGCUCGCCUGAAACAGCUGAAGGGUGCCCGCAUUCAGUCCUCUGGUGGAGUCCACACAUGCCUGCAGUGUAGAGCAUCUUACAGGGACUGUGAUGCCCUCAUCAUGCACCGAAUGAGGCACAUUGAAGGGAAACACUGGCCAUGCCCUUUAUGCAGCAAGACGUUCUUCAGACAGAAAAAUGUGAGGAGUCACAUAAGAACACACAAUCCGAAACUCUACAAAUGCCGUCAGUGUAUUGCUGCCUCUUGAGGUGGAGAACAUUGGGAAGAAGCAGUGAAGAAGAAGGUUGUCCUUCUUGAAACCUGACAACUGUAAAUACCAAGAAUCCGUCACAUGAAAAAGAGGUUCAGUUAAUAGAUGUAAUUAUGGUUAUUGGUAUUGUGUGAUUUUCCGUACAGUAAUCGUAACUGUUAUUUAAAUAACCAAACUAAAGAUGAGUUGCAGUUGCUACAGAUGGGAAACUUGAACCAGUGAUGUUUCUCUCAGGGGGUGAAACCUGUUGGUCAUGGUGAUAUUUGUAAAUGAGGAUUGUGUAGAAUGCUUUAAAAUGAUUACUACUAUUGUAAUUACUGCAAUUAUAAUAUUGUUAUUAUUAUUAUUAUUAUUAUUAUUAUUACAGUUAUUUUUUAUAAAUAGCGUAAUCUUGAGUGCACUUAAAAAAGGUAGCUUUGUUUUUAAACCUAAGAAUACUUGUUGAGUGAUCAGGUGAGAUGGACUGGGAUGUACUUGAAUGAUUGCUGAGGUGGACCUUGUGAUCUACCUGUUAUUCGUGGUGAUUUGAUAAUGUAUUAGAAAAUAGAGAAGACAGAAAUUAGAGGCACUGAAUCAUUUUCCAAGUGAAGAAGGGUGGUUAGGAGAAAUAAAGUAAGACUUAUUGUCAACCAGGAAAUUGAUGAUUGUGGAUAAAAAUGCCAUGCUUUGCAUAUUUGUGUUCUUAGAACAAUAAGAUCUCUGCUGAUAGGCAGGUCUCUUGUGAUGCAUCUUUUUUCUCGUCAUUAUUCAAACUAAAAUUAGUUACUGUCUGGAUUUUAAAAUAAGGGAAUCUCUACAGGCCUGAAUGUGACUUUUCAAAGAAGUUUUCCGUAAAUUGCUGUUUUUGAAAUUUGUUUUUAAGGUAGUCAGAAACCGUUUUUAAGAUAACUAGAAACGUCCUUUUCAGACUCGGCUUUUUUAGAUUCCAAGCUUCCAAAGGAUACAAUGGAGCAGUUAUUUGAAGUUUCAAAUGUGAUUUUUUUUUUUUUUUUUUUAAAGUCUGAAACCACAGAUGAAUUCAAACUGUAAAAAGA